AUGGCGGGAUCUUUGAUGAUGUCCGGCUCCUUCGACCCCCCUGCCGCCGAUCCCGCCGGCGCCAACCCCUCCCGCUACCCCUUCUGGGUUCUCCUCGACAGCACAACCUACUUCGCCAACCGCGACAACGCCACCACCGUGAAGGGCACGACGAGCGCGGGCCACGAAUUCAAGCGCCCUCCUCUGCUUCCCCAUCAGAACCGCCCUCGAGUACUUUGUCUACAAGGCUGCAUCCACGGCAAGAGCAUCAUCCAAAGGGUCCCUCCUUCUCCAGCAUACAAGCACCAGUGGCUCUUGGCAGUCGUGCCACGCGAGGGCGACAAUUUCUUGGUCGCUGAUCUUUCCCCGGGUGGGGACCUUGGGCACUACAACCUGCAUAUCUUCUCAUCGGAGACGAAAGAGUGGAGCACAAAACACCUACAGCUGCAGGCGCCCUCUGAUGUCCUGUCACGGGACCUGCCAAGCCAAACCGACAAGGUGAUCUCUCUCGGAGCAAACACUGUUGGAUGGGUCGAUCUCUGGCGCGGCAUCGUUGUGUGUGAUGUGCUCCAGAAGGAUCCUGUUCUCCGAUUCCUCCCGCUGCCCAAGGCUGAUUUCGACCUGCACCGGGAAAGUCCAGCACGGCAAGUGCGGGACGUCAUUGGCUUCCCUGAUGGUUUCAUCAACUUCGUGGAGAUCGAACAGUGUGUCAGAUGGUUCACCGUUGUCAGAAAGAGGACUUCGAAGACGACCCAUGUUUUUGACGUUGCAGAUACCAUCUCUGAUGCGGAGCUCCUCAGCAAUGAUGGUAUGGACACAGAAGACGAACCUUUUCAUGCACCGGCUGGCUGGAAGAUACGGACAAUGUUUAGGAGCAUUUAUUGGCACUUAUGGCAGAAGAGUCGCACUGUCCAUGUUGACCACAUAUCACCGUGCCCACCUGAAUCCUCUAAGCUGACGCAUCAUCUAUGGAAUGAUAGAGACAUGAAAUGGACAUUGGGAAACCUGAAGACUGCAGGGUUCCCGACCUUGAGUGUUUACGGUGGUAAUACUGUCUACCUCGUGUCUAAGGUGGAGUCUCAGGAUGAAGACACAUUGCUUGUUGGUGUUGAUAUUGGAAAGAGGAAGCUGGAAGUCAUCGAACAAUAUUGUUGCGGCAGAUCCAUUUCUUUCAAUCCCUAUCCGCUUGGCGUUGUUCAAAUUGUAGGGGGGCGGGAAGUCAUUGAACCAUAUUGUGGUGGGAGAUCCACUGCUUUCAAUCCUAUUUCCUGCGCAUUCUCCGAAUAUCUGAAUACCACUCCAAGUCCAAGGCCACGUGAUGAUGAAGUUGCAGCAGUAUCUGCUCACAGCGGUGCGCUGGGCAAUAUUGUUCCAAAAUAUGUGCAAACCCAGCAAAACACGUCGAAUGGGGAUGACUCUAGCAAGUAUCAACCGCCAACCACACUCCAGCCAUCCAGUUUGACACAAACUGGGCAGCCCUUGUCAUCUUCAACUUCAACUCAAUUAGACGACUUCCGAAGGAUGCCCUAUCAAUGUGUCGCGUGCCAUUGCGACCUCCCUCCUGACCAGUACCCAAGGAGGAGGCGUUUGCACCGUGAAUGACUUCGACGGCUGUCCUCGACCAUGGCCAACAGCACCACAGGAAGCCAUUUUCAUCUCUUGCAUAUCGCGGGCAGGUGGAAUAUCGUGGUUGAUGUCAUGGAAUGUCAACAAAGUGCAUGCUCUUGCAUCUUUUGAUGCUGUGCAGCCAUGUCCACAUACUGCUGCCACCCUCUGUUAACAUAUCAUGGAUGAUGCUUUAAAACAUUUGAAUAUAUAUAUAUAUAUAUAUAUAUAUAUAUAUAUAUAUAUAUAUAUAUAUGGUGCUAUGGACCUUAUUUGCCUUGCUGAUGUUUGGUUGCUCCUCCGCGAUGUCUGCUUUUUGGAAGAGUUCUGAUCUUAACGUUGUUAGACCAGCCAAUCAGCCAUUGAUCGCAGUGCACGUAACAGUCCCUGCUACUUCCCUGCUACUUCGUUGCGACCACCUAGACCUGUUAGCUUUGUUCAGUUACGGAUUAAAAGGCACGUUGUUGAUACAUGUCUUUUUUAUCCUACCCGAUUUUAUCUGGUUA